GCAGCGACGGCGAAAACGGCGACGCUCCUCUCGCCCUCGCAGAAGAAGGCGAACCACAUCCAGUCGGAGCAGAAGCGCCGCGCCAACAUCCGCAGGGGCUACGAGGCCCUCUGCGACACCGUGCCCGCGCUGCGUGAGGCCAUCCAGGCGGAAGAGGAGGAGAGCGCCAAGGCGGCCAAGGGAAAACGGCGCUCGCGCGGCAAGUCUGCUGCCGCCGCCGCGGACGACACCGAGAAGAUCGACGGGCGGGCGGGGCCCAGGAGCGAGAACGUUGUUCUCUCAAAAACGAUCGAGUACAUCACGGACCUGCUCGCGGAGCGGGAAUCGCUGUUUCAGCGGUUGCAGAACGCGCGGUCCUCUCUCCCGCAAAAUCAUUUCCUGCUCCUCCCGCAGUCGGGGGGCGAGUUGCCGCUAUGGGAACGCAAGUGGACUGGAGGAGAGAACAAGGACGAGGAAGACGAGGAGGAUGAGGAUGAAGAGUAG